GCUCAUAUUCACGUUUUGAAGACACUUCUCUCUCAAGCGAACGUUAAGGGUUCUAAUGCAUGAAUUCUCCUCGAAAAUGUUAUGUGUUCGUCUGGUAGGAAUCCUGCAGAAUCACGUAUGAUAGGACCGUAUAAGGUCCGUUUUGGAGUCCUGCUAGAAAUUUUGGUCAUGGACGGCAUUUAAGUCUAUGAAUAAAUAUUUUAAGGUCCAAUAACAAUUGAUGAAUGUUCGCCUGACGGCCGCUUCAUCCAGUUGGCAAACACGUCGAAUGAUAAAAAUGUUGAUCUCUCUAACUGGAUUCUGAUGCGUAAAAUCGAUAAUCGCGACAACAUAGUGUAUCAGUUGCCAUCAGAUUUCACAUUAUAUCGUGGUCAGACGGUUCGUAUAUUCACUCGAUCAUCACAAAACGAGCGAACGGGUAAUGGCCUAGUCAAUUUGGAAAUUGACUCAUGGGGCGUGGGAUUAUAUAUUAUCACACGACUGCUUUCCGACAUCGAUGGUGAAGAGCGCGCAACACAUAUUCAAAGUACAGCGUAUCCAAGCAGUCGUUAG